AACUGAACAAUGAGUGUUUGUUUGAAUCUGAGUGAAGCGAAUAACAACAUCGAACAAAAGCAAAUCCGAGGCACAGUCGUUGUUGUCUGAAGCUUGCUCACCGUCACAAUAUGGAAGAGGCAGAUAAUAGUGAAGUACAGGACCUCCAGGAUCAGCUAUCGUCUGUUUCUAUAUCAGAUGAAAGAGACGAUGCCAGGGGAGGAGAUACUACCACGCGGAGCAGCUCUACUCCAGGCUCAGAUGAACGAGGAGAAUGUGCCGUCUGUUUACUGCAAUGCACUCUGCCUCUCUGUCUGCCUUGUGGCCACACUUUCUGUUACCUGUGCGCCAAGGGCAUCGCGUUCCGUAGUCGACGGUGCGCGCUGUGUCGACAGCCCAUACCUGACGAGGUGAUAGCCCGGCCACAGAUAGACAGUAAGCAGGUAGAGCCAGUGAGCUUGCCCCGUGUGGAUACCACCAGCCAUCAUCAGACACAUGGUGUUACUGAUGGCACUGCGACAGGAUCAGCAGCAGGCUCCCAUGAGGAUGCUGAGGUGGCGAGGCACGGUGAUAGUGCUGCUGGUGGUGCUGGUGAUGCUACAGAUGAUAUUGGUGUAUGGUACUAUGAAGGACACAAUGGCUGGUGGCAGUACGAACCCAGGACCAAUGCUGAGAUCGAGAAAGCAUACCGUGCCGAGGAGAAGGCCUGCGAGGUGCUGAUUGCUGGCUUUGUGUAUCACAUCGACCUGGAGAACAUGCACCAGGCACGCUACUCGCAGAACACCAGGAGGCGACGCAUACGCCGUAACCUUAGUCCGGACGCUGUGCGCAAAGGCGUUGCAGGAGUGCCAUUCAGCGGGAGUGCGGCCAGCAGUAGUAGCAGCAUUCGUACAGGCACAAGUGCAGACACAAGCAGUGGCGCAGGCACAGACCCUGGUACGGGCGGUAGUGAUUCGCAGCAUGCAGACACAUAGGUACAGGCACGUACUGUGCACAAUGGUACGGAGGCGGUCAUGUUUUCUUUGCCGACCAGCGCUGGCAUGCUCGCCUAGGUAUGCUGUGCGUGUGAUAUGACGGCUGGUUUGCCAAUGUACAUGAAGAUCUACACGCACAUGGACUUGGCUGUCCCUGGACUAUCUGUGACGCCCGCACAACGAGACUACACACCAGUGAACGUGCUUGCAUAGAGUAGCUUGUCUGUGUACUAUACAGAAUGCAUAGAGUAGCUUGUCUGUGUACUAUACAGAAUGCAUAGAGUAGCUUGUCUGUGUACUAUACAGAAUGCAUCGAGUAGCUUGUCUGUGUACUAUACAGAAUGCAUAGCCAGUAUAGUGCUACGUGGCAGCUGUUUGUACAAGUUGCGCUUCAAGACGCUGGCGGGACUCCAUGCUUGGCCAGUUUUUUGGUACGAGUCUGCCCUAGUGGAUUGUGCUGGUACAACAUUGCACACUGUUUUCGCAUGGCCUUGCCUCACACCACUCUCCAAAGUAUUGCUGCAUAGUAUGUAGGAAGCUAGCACACACACAAUCAUCACAGAGACAGUAUCUUUCAAAUACUCCUUUCACGUGCUUAACAGUGCUAUUCUCUUGUGCGCAUAGGACUUAUUCCUUGAAACACUUGCACCAUGUUCUAAUGGUUUUUCCAUGUUUUAUUUUCACAGACAUGUUGAAUUUUUAUGCAGAUAUUUUAUCCUCGUGUUGAGGUUUUAGACAUUUUUUACCAACAUGUUGCUUUCAUGGAAUUAUUUGUCGGUUAGUGGCCCUCGUCUAACACAUGCAGGCCAUUUUUAGUAUAUUUUAUUAUGCUUGAAGCAGUACUAGUACUUUCCCGUUCAGUAUGCAUUGCCAUGCUUCUACUUUGGAUAUUAUCUGGUUUAGCUGUGUUUCACGCAAGGAGUCGUACAUUGGUUUGGAUAUGACUCCCUGGUUUCAAGUCAAUGACCGUGUAGCGGCCGACUGUA